AUGCCUCCCAAAAAGAAGCUGAAGACUGGCAAUGCUAUGGCCAAAGCCAUUGCUUCAGGGGAGCAAGCGGUGGCAGGGCCCACAACCAUGUCAUCCGUCUCUCCGCUCUUGCAGGCGGUGCAAACUUGUGUGGAAUCCAUGUACUCCCUUAGGCACGCCGGGCCUGAAGUGACGACAGGCGAAGCUCUGCCUUCUCUGCCUCGGGCAGACUCGGGCUAUGUUUGGCCGGUAGGUGUUGGUGGGACAUUCAAAGACAUCGCCCAGAGAGCAUGGCAGUCCCCCGAAAAGCUUGUAGACGAAUCCUUUGACAUGGUACUAGCGGCUGGGCUGUUGGACGAGGGCAGCACCGUGGAAACCUUCAAAGCCAAGUAUUGCACUCUUCAGGAAUGGCCACCUGCUGUGGGCUCUACGUUCGAGACGGGAAUAUUGAUGUGGAGCUUCAAGGACAACUCAUUAUGGAGAGGCAAACACAUUGCCAUGUCAGAGAUUGUGGGAAUCGCUCGAGCAAUUGCCAUCACUCGUUUUCGUGAGGGCGAACUGGUAUCACUUCGAUUGCCAGCGACCUCCGAGCAAGUCGAUGCAUGCUGCGAUGGUGAGAAUGUGGCCUUGGGCACCUUGCUCUUUGCAGAUGGAUCCCAGAAAACACUAGCUGCCUUUACGGUGUGGUUAGCGCUCUUGCUAGUUUGGAGGGACUUCAAGGAUUCAAUUGAGGAUCCCCAUGUGGUCCAGUUGAUUGCAUCCCUCUUGGUGCUGCAAACAACUUACAAGAGUAUGGAUGCCAAUGCUUCCUCCAUGCAGAGCGCAAUUGGAAAGAUUGUCAAGCAAAAUGCUGACUCCAAAGUACAGCCUGUCAGUUCAUUGACAUGGUGUUCUAUCCUCUCCGCACUGCAGGACGACAGUGACGGCACCAUCAACUUCGACACCUGCAUGGAGGCGUACAACGAUCACCCAGAGGUGCGCGCUUGGUCUGACAAUGCCAAUGAGACCGGUGCCGGGUCCAUCUCCCUGGACAGGCGUCGCAAACGCGCCGUGAAGAAUUGGCUGGAGAAGACUGCAAAAGAUGCAUUCCGCAUCGUCGAAACAUCAACACAUGACAUACCAUUCUCAAUGGGGCCAUUUGGGGAAUCCAUGGCAGCUUACCAGUUUCUUUUUCUGGGCAGUACUGCCAGCGGCUUGGCAGUUGACCAUACUUGUGACCUGAGGCCAUUGGACAAAGAGCCAUUCAUUCCAAUUGAUUGGACCUUGCCAAUGAGUGAGCUGGCACAAACCAUCCUCUUCAAGCGAAUUGUAUCAGCCUUCAACCGGGAAACUUCAAUGGUGGCAGCAACUUCAAAGAAGAAGUACCGGCUUAGCAUGGAGAAUGCCCAAUCUUUGAGAAACAUGGUGUGUCUCUUUGCGCAGCUGUACCCACACCUGCAGUCACGCUUGCCGGCGCCACACUGUGAAAAGUGGUUGGAAGAAUUCUCCAACAGUGCCUUGCAUGAUGAAGACAUGCGAUUCCUCCUUGAGUCAGCUCCUGCAUCCGUGGCUCUCAGCAUGCUUCCAUCUUCAAAAGCAGCCGCUCAAGAGCAAGCACACCAAAAGGAGCAAACAAUUUGCUUGGCAGUGGAGAAACAAAGGCUCGAUGUGAUCAGUGCUCAGUGGACUUACUUCAAGAGUGGCCUUGAGAGAGAUCAAGUACUUCUGGAAAAGGUCAAGGAUGUGCCCCAGAAGAUUGCUGCAAAGCUACACCAAAAGCGGGUGAAACAAACAAUGGCCCAGGCUAAGCAGGGAGAGGCGGGGGAUCCCAAAAGAUCUGACCAUUUUCCCCAAAGGAUUGGACUCGUUUGUUCUACAAAGGAUUCGUUUGUUCUUGUUUCAUCCAAGGCAAAAGAAUGGGGCUGUUCUGGCGAUGAUAUCACCAUUGUCAGCAUUGUCGAUUUCAAUGCUCCAGGGUGCCGGAACACCAGCAGCGUUCAAGCCCUAUGUGAGCGAGUCGCGGCGAUGAACAACAUAGCACCAGAGCGCAACGGGGCGAUUGCUUUGUUUCCAGACCUACCACGCGACAGCUCCCUAAGGGGCCUGUUCGAUGAGGAGAAGGGCAUCCAGGAAUCCUUCUUUGCCCUCAAGCAACAUUGUGAUACCAGAUUCAUUGAGUUGUAUGACCGCGACAAGAAGAGCCAAUCCAAGUCGAACAGCAAGCGCUUCGGCACAGGGCGUGUGUUCAACCUCAGAACCAAAGGGGUUGUUGAGGACUUUGACUGGAAGAAGGUUCACUACAUGUCUGUUCACUUCCUGGACAGUGCAGAGAAUGCCACCUAUGGCAAGAACCGUGUUUUGCGCGACCUCCUGGACGCCUGGUGUGAAAAGAAGAUGUCAUUUGCUGGCAUCCAGUUCAGAGACGACGAUGUCAAACUUUCAGAAGAAGAGUUGGCCGCCAUCCCAGGUUCAGAGAUCGUCAAAAGCGUCGAUGCCCUCAAACUUGAGGUGACUGUGCGAAAUGGCAGCUCAGUGGAGGUGCACCCAGAUCAAAUCCGGCAGUGGCGCUCAGCAGGUGGCAUGUACACAGAAGAGUUCGACAAGCUGGUUGCAAAUCAUGACCAGCACUUCAAGAACAUGCUUGCGGGUGUUGUUGAGUCAGGGGGUGGCAAUGCGGACGCCCCUGUUCUUGACCGUGUUGCGGAGACGCCUGAGUCGAAUGACCCACCUCCACCCUCUCUCCAAGAGUUUGAGAGCGUUGAGAAACUCCAAGAAGCAGAUCCCAUCAAGUUCAAGGCCAUGUCGGAAGUCCCAGAGGUUGAACUCCUGAGAGGCAAGAGUGGUAGCACUUACAUUGUUGCAACAAAGCGAAAUCGAGACAUUCCGCGGCACACCAUCCUAGCUGGCUUUGGGACCGGAAAGUUCAUUCCAUCGGCAUCAGAUGAGCCAGGGUUGGAAGUGGGCUGGCCGGAUGGCGACCGGACUUUGAUCCAAGUGGACCAUGGGAGCAUAAACCCGGAGAUGUCAAAUGCUGAAGUCAUGUCCCUAUAUCGCUACAUGACCCUUCUUGAACGGCAAAAGAAAAUAACAAAGUAUGACCUUUCAUACUCAGAGGUCACAAGACUCAGUGGGGCAGAUACCGACGGCUUCGGUGUAAAAAUCACCAACGCCCACAAGUACAAAGUCAUCGGUGAUUCCACCAAGCCUCCUACGUGCAAGACAUGGUUUGGAGACUGCAUCUCACUCUUGGACGGAUCUUCCUCUUCGGCCAUUCAAAAGGUGUUCCGGUUCCGAUUCGACAGAGUAAACCAUUGCUCAAAGAUCCAGAAGCCUUACGCCAUGCUGAAGCAAUCCAUCAGUCUUCAGCACGGACGUCCGGUGAAGGUCUGUUGA